CCUUCAUUACAAAGUGUAUUAUCUUCUUACCCAAUUAUACAGUACAAAAAUCAAGUAAGUUAAAUAUUAUUUCAGGGAGAAUUUCAUGCUCGCUCGAGGUUUCAAGUCAGCUGGUAAUUGUCAGUUUUACGGACGUUUUUCGAAAUUCGAGGAAUUCGAAGUGUUCAUCGAGAAUAUUGUUAGUGAUAUACGACAUUUCACAAAUGCAGACUUCUAUAAGAGGGACUGCGAACAGACUCCUGGUAAUAAGCCAAAACUGUCCCACAUAAUUGGUAAAGAACAGAUUCAUGUAAUAGAGCCCCACGUCAAGGUGAAGACCAGAUUAAUGAAUUGUGGACACGACGGUCAUACCAAGCGGUUUGAUGAAGCGAAAAGAAAAAGACUGUGCCUAGGAACUAAGAAAAGUGAUUGCAAGAGUUUCAUUCGAGGUACACUGCUGUCCAACGCUAUAACACCUGACAGAAAGGUGGCCUACGUGCAAUGUGACCUGAAACACACUAGCCACACCCCAAUAGGAACGACCCAGCAGAUGAGUAAGACGGUUAAAGACCUGGUAACGUAUUACCACAAGGAAACGAGGGGAAAUCUAAACAUCCCCACUAUCAGAUCUAGACUUGAGUCUGACUUAGCUUUGUUGUUGAAAGGUGACUACGACAAUCAAAAUCGAAGCCUGAAUCCCACUAAAGCAGAUCUGAGGAAUCUAUUGUUUUCGCUCAACAAAAUUCAAGGAGCGACAAAGUUUGACCAGAAAAAUUUGAGCGAACUAUGCGAAGAGCUACGAGAUGAUGGUCACUUUGUGUUUUACCAGCCCUUUCAUAACGCAGAUGAUUCCGGAGCCGAACAAAAGUUUAAUAUGGUGUACCUGGGGAAAGAGUUUCAACCAAUUUUAGAAUCCUUCGGGUCUCGUGUAUUGUUGGAUGCUACAUACAAAGUAUGUAGAUACACAUUUAACCUCUUUAAUGUGAUGAUCAAAACCCCCCAAAGAUACCUGACUGUCGGGUUUUUUAUUACCCAAGACGAGAAUCACGAGACAAUCGAAUUGUGUCUCAAGAAGCUUGUUUCCUGGGCCCCAAGAUGGAGGCCUCUCGUAUUUCUGAUGGAUCAGGACUCUGCUGAGAUGUUGGCUGUGGGAAAUGUCUUCCCCUUGGUUAAAAUAUUCCUCUGUGAUUUUCACAUCAAAAUGGCCUGGCAAAAGAAGUUCAAAUCGCUGGGAGUCGAAAAAGGAGAUAUUCUGUACGUAAAGAUGUGCAGACUCAUAUAUGCGAAAACGCCGAACCCGACUGAAGAGGUAAACCAGGACCAUUAUUUUAACCAAGAACUGAAGAAGGUCUUGGACUUCUUGGAAGAUGAUGAUGAGAUGACGUCAUACGUACAGCGUUAUGCAAACUUAAAAGAGAAAUGGGCAGACUGUUACCGGGCACUAGCACCAGCAGGGAAUAUCAAAACAACGAAUGGUGUGGAAGGGUUCCAUUCCAACCUUAAAAAGCAUUAUUCGAUUCGAGCAAAUAUCUUGGUUACCAAGUUGGUCUACAUUUUGGUCCACGAGGUUUUCCAAGAUGGCCUGAAUGACUACAAGGAAAAUGUCAAACUCUCAUCAAAAGAUCACAAGAAGUGUACGAAAUUUACGGAACUCUCUAAAUGCUCUAAGAGUGUUUACGUUCAUCUAGCAGAGAGAAUGGAACUAUCAAAAGAUCUUCUGUUCAACAGAAAACCUGGUUCCGAGGAGCACGAGGGAAAGUUCUGGUGUCGUUCCUCAAAGAUCAGUUUUCAGUACGAGAUCACCGUGAACGGAGACAGAGUUUGGUGCACUUGUCCUGACUUUGUGCAACACCGGUUACCCUGCAAGCACAUUCUUGCAGUUGUAGAUAAUAAGCUGUCCAAGUUGCCUGCUGUUUACCAUCAAGCUGCUGAGUUCAAUGCCAGUGUACAGAUGACGGGACUGUACUGUCCAUCUGUGGUGGAAAUCACGCAACAGAUGGUGGAGGCGGAAGAGAGGAAAGAGGUCACAAUAGGUCAGGAGGACAGAUCAGGGCUACAUGAUGUAUCAGCCAAUGAUGUAGAUAUUGUAGCCAAUGAUGUAGAUAUUGUAGAUAUUGUAGAAGAUUCCCAGCCUGGACCGUCAACAAACAUGAACAUCGAGGAAUCGAUAAUGCCGCAAAGACUUGAGAAAAACAAAGCACUCAAGUUGGCGAGAUGUAGGAAGCAGACGCUCCAGGUCAUCAAGAGCAUAACAUCAGGCGUUUAUGAACUCCCUCUUGAAGAAUUAGAAGAGUGCAAAUCACGAAUGACUGAAUUCGCUGAAUGGAUGUUAACGAGAGCUCUAAAAAGGACAGCAGACGGAGUUAUUUUGCCUAUAUCAUUGGAGUUUUCCGACCCGACAAAUAUAACAACAAAAAAUAAGGGUCGACCUCCAAAAAAGCAGCGAAAGAAGCUAAAAAGCAUCAGAGCAGAAUUUCAAGACUCUCUAGUUGAUGAUGUUUAAUUCAGA